CAUAACACGACGAGACACACACACACCCCAAACUCAAACGAAUACACGAUCAUUGGUUACCUUGCCUGCUCCAGCAAUGGCAGUGACGGUGGAAAUCACGCAGAGCACGGUGCUCGAGCCCUCACAGGAGUCGGCCGGCGGCGGCGGGAAGAAGGUGCCUCUCACCGUCUUCGACCGCGCCUCCACCGACGGCUACAUCCCGGCCGUCUUCGCGUGGAACGCGCCGGCGCCGACCAACGACGCGCUCAAGGCCGGCCUCGUCGCCGCCGUCGCCAGGUUCCCGCACCUCGCCGGGAGGUUCGCUGCCGACGACCACGGCCGGAAGUGCUUCCACCUCAACGACGCCGGGGUGCUUGUUCUUGAGGCCACCGCGGACGCGGACCUAACGGACGCACUGGCGCACGACGUGGCCGCGCACAUCAACGAGCUCUACCCGAAGGCCGAAAAGGAACGUGAGAAUGAACCCAUCUUCCAGGCGCAGCUGACGAGGUACUCCUGCGGCGGUCUGGUGAUCGGCACCGCCUGCCAUCACCAGGUCGCCGACGGCCAGUCCAUGAGCGUCUUCUACACCGCCUGGGCCAGCGCCGUCCGCACCGACUCGGCAGUCCUACUGUCCCCGUUCGUCGACCGCUCGGCCACCGUUGUCCCCCGAAGCCCACCGACGCCGGCGUAUGAUCACCGGAAUAUCGAGUUCAAGGGCGAGCGCAGCUGGAGCCACUCAUAUGGUGUCCUUCCCAUGGAAAGGAUCAAGAACCUUGCCGUGCAUUUCCCAGACGAGUUCGUCGCCGACCUCAAGGCCCGUGUGGGCACGCGCUGUAGCACGUUCCAGUGCCUCCUUGCGCAUUCGUGGAAGAAGAUCACGGCGGCGCGGGAUCUGGCGCCGGACGAUUUCACGCAGGUGAGGGUGGCCGUCAACUGCCGCGGCCGCGCAAAGCCUCCCGUGCCCAUGGACUUCUUCGGAAACAUGGUGCUCUGGGCGUUCCCGAGGAUGCAGGUCCGCGACCUCAUGUCCAGCAGCUACCCGACGGUGGUCGGCGCCAUCCGGGACGCCGUCGCGCUCGUCGAUGACGAGUACGUCCAGUCGUUUGUUGACUUUGGCGAGGCGGAGCGCGGCGUUAUUGAAGACGGCGGCGAGGAGCUAGCGUCGACGGCGGCGACGCCGGGCACAAUGUUUUGCCCUGACCUGGAGGUUGACAGCUGGCUCGGGUUCCGCUUCCACGACCUCGACUUCGGCUGCGGGCCGCCCUGCGCGUUCCUACCGCCGGACCUGCCCAUCGAAGGAAUAAUGAUCUUCGUGCCGUCAUGCGACCCCAAGGGCGGUGUCGACCUAUUCAUGGCACUCGACGACGAACACGUCCAGGCUUUCAAGCAGAUCUGCUACUCAAUGGACUAGUUAUCCCUAAACGAAAUUGACAUGCAUAAACUUGGCUCAUUGGUUUGUCCUACGUCAUGUAAUCAUAGUCUCAGGACAUGUUUUCAAAGAUUGGUGUGCUUUAUUUUAUUUGUAGUAACACGAGAAAGAAGCACACCACCACCACACUCGCCGGAAAUUCGUGAGGGCCGCGCCUACGAAAAUGUUUGCAGCUGUCGAUUUGACCCGGGAUCCAGAAACUUGUUGCGACUUAUAUUUGAUGAAGAAAAGAUGGAAAGUAGUUAUGUUGUGAAUACGGGGCAAUAUACUUGUACUAAGACUUCGUGUACCCAUUCUUAUACGUCUUUUUUCUGUGCAUUAUUUUCGUCUUCGGAUG